AUGAUUACGUUGCAAGAUGUGGCAGUUAUAAUGGGUCUGCCCAUUGAAAGACAAGCAGUGAUAGGUCAUGGAGAGAGAAAUUGGCCAACAUUAGUUCAUGAUCUACUAGGGGUUUGGCCUGAAAACACUCAAGACCCCACACAGCCGAAUAUCAUCAUUGGAUUGUCAUUGAAGCUGACUUGGCUUCGAGUGCAUUUUAGCGCGCUAGAGGAUGAUGUUACGGUUGAUAGACAUGCGCGAGCGUACAUCUUGUACCUGUUUGGAUGCAUCUUGUUUCAAAACGAAAGCGGUGACUCCGUGCAGUUGAUCUAUCUCCCUCUACUGGAAGACUUGGAGCGGGUAGAUGAAGAUAUGGUCAUGGGAGCAUAUUCAUAUAGGGAGACCCAAAAUUCGGACGAUUCGACCCGAUGGGCAACAUAUGACGCGGAGGAUUUUGAACCGGUGUUAGGUUCACAGCAUUGUCAAGCUAAAUCUCCCGGAUCGUGUCAUGCGUCAAUUCGGUUUGGAGCAAGUUAUUCCGGAUGCCUGUGA